GCUGGAACUAUCAAACUGAACAACUUACAUACAUUACGUUCAAUGUGGUCAGAUUCUUGGGGUGGUCUGUGAUAAUACGCAUCAUGCAGAAUACUAAAAACACACUUGAAAGAGCCAGUUGGAUCGACUACUUGGCCAUGACGGUCGUUUUCGGAUGGGUUAAUUUAGGUUAUCAAGUGAACGCAGUCAGCUGGUUAGCCAUAUUGGCCACUAUUAGGAAAAGGAUUUCUGUUUUGAAUCAGCAUAUGAGAAUUGAACUUCUGACUGAUUCAGCAUCACAGAAAGACCCACAUCAGCUUGGCAAAUUGGUUAUGAGGAUUGGCAUCCUGCAGAGUCGGAUAAGUGAUGUAAUCGAUGAUUUCAACAAUUGUCACUCGACAACGGUAAUGUUUUCAUUGGCUCCAGCUUUCUUAUUCACAGUGUUCUCGUGGUUUGGGUUGGUUCACGCAUAUGCGGCCAGCGUAGAAGACUUGAUCCCGUAUGCCUGGGCGACGGUCACCUUAAGUUUGAACUACAUAUCGUUCAUAUUCUACGACGUGUUGUUUUCCGCUCUGGUCAAUAAGCAGGUCAAGGAAACAGCUGUUAUUGUUCAUAAGGCCAUCGGGUACCGAACGUACAGUAGGGAAGUGAGUCGACAACUGAGGAAGAUCUCGCAACAACUUUGGCAUCACUCGCCUGUUAUAUCUUGCGGAUUAUUCCACUUUGAUUGGGAACUUAUAUACACAAUGAUUAGUUCUCUUAAUACAUACUUAGUGAUUCUGAUGCAAUUUGAUCUGGUUAACUACACUAAAUCAGUUCCUUCGGCACAACCUUAGGUUUCGUGCAGAAACACCGAAAUGAUACAAGAAGAUAGAAGGUCUUACUUUGUCACUUCCUUCUGCAUUGAAUCCUGCACAUUAUACGUUAUGUUGCCGUGCAGUUCACGGAACCAUCCAGCUGUCACCCAAUACAAUUUCUCAUCACUUACAUGUAAAGUUAGGGUUAUAAAAUGGUGAGUCAGUAAUUUGAAAAUAAAAAGCAUUUAGCUUGUUAUUCUGAUCUUCACAAGUUCUUACUUUGCCAACUCUUCUGAGACAGCGAAAUGAGAACUUCAAUUGAAUACCCGAUACCUCGAAUGGCAGUACCCAG